UGAGURUCUUCAAUGCUUUCGUCUUUUCUCCUGCGACCACAUCGAGCUUUGAACCCACGGUGCGCUACAAGUUCCCUUUCAAAGAGCUCAUGGUCUGGGCUGUACUGUGUAAUAGACAAAAAAUGGCACGCUUUAUGUGGGAAAGAGGGGAGGACAAUCUUGCCAAGGCGCUUAUUGCUGGUUUUAUGCUGAAAGCCAUGGCAAAGGAAAUGUCUAAAGAUGAUCUACUUGAUGAUUUAUGCGAUGGACUUGAACAGGAUGCCAAAUAUUUCUACGAUCUGGCGGUAGGCAUAUUGGACGAAUGUUUCCGUACCAACGAAGCGACCACUGAUAAGCUACUAACAUAUCAUCUUGACUACUGGGGCGGCCAAACUAACCUCUCAUUGGCUGUUGCUAUGAAACACAAGGAAUUUGUAGCACACUCAUCCUGUCAAUCAAAAAUGACUGAGAUUUGGAUGGGAGCUAUUAGACAUGAUACAUGGUCGACGUUUAAGGUUGUCCUGGGAUUACUCUGCCCUCCCAUUWUAUUCACACUCGAUUUUAAAUCCAGAAAGGAGAUGUCAUCUAUGCCUUGUACAUUCGAAGAGCAUCAGGCUGAACAAGUCCGAGAAAUGACAUUAACUAAUCAGGCAAACCAUACCAUUAACUUUAAAAAUCACCGAAGUGAUGGGAAUUUAAUUGAUGGUGAGCCCGCAGUUCAACUAAGGACGCUCAGAAGCACUUGUGAUCGCCAAGAACUAUAUCAAGUCAAAAACGGAAAGGAAGAUUACCAUCAGCAUUGCCAACAUAGAAUGAGCUGGGCCAGGAAAUUUUAUGAAUUUCACCGUGCACCAAUCACGAAAUUCUGGGCUAACCUGAUUAUAUAUUUCAUGUUUUUGGCACUUUUUAGUUAUAUAAUCCUAUUAAAGCUUGAACCGUUUCCUAAGCUAGAAGAAUGGAUUCUAAUUGGAUUCGUUUUAACUCUCUUAUUGGAGGAAAUACGUCAGAUUGUCCAAUCAGAACCAUGCUCGCCAGCCAGGAAGAUCAAAGAAUGGGCAUCUAAUAACUGGAACAUUUGCGAUGGAAUCGCUAUCAUUCUCUUCUUUGUUGGUGUUGGUCUGCGGUUUCACCCAGAAACUCUUCAUAUUAGUCACGUGAUCUACAGCGUUGAUAUCAUGCUGUGGAUUAUAAGGCUACUGGAUAUUUUCUCAGUUAACAAGAAUUUAGGUCCAUACGUAGUUAUGAUUGGUCGAAUGACUGUUGACAUGGCUUACUUUCUUCUUAUCAUGGUUGUGUUUUUAUUGGCUUAUGGUGUAGCACAACAAGCCAUCCUAUUUCCUAACCAAGCACCAACAUGGGAGCUGAUCCCUAAAAUAUUCUUCCGCCCUUAUUUUCAAGUUUACGGGGAGCUGUUUAUUGAGGAUGUUGAAUACGCGAAUGAUGACAGUACAACAGCAUUUGGUACGCCUAAAGUUAACGUCUAUGCGGGUCGUCUUGUUACUAUUAUUAUGGCUUUUUUUCUUCUUGUGGCGAACAUACUCUUACUGAAUCUACUCAUUGCCAUAUUCAACAAUACCUUUGAGAAGGUUCAAGCCAAUGCAAAUCAAAUAUGGAAGUUUCAACGUUACGAGCUAAUCAUGGAGUAUUCGCAAAGACCGCUUCUUGUCCCUCCCUUCAUCGUGUUUGCUCACAUCUAUCGACUGCUAAAAUACUGUUGCAAGCGCAAGGCAAAGGGGACAACGAAGUCUGAUCGCAAGCUAAUUUCUUUGUAAAGACGAAUUGUACAAGCUUAUGCUAUUUGAAGAACAAUGCACGGAGAGCUACCUUCAGAGAAGAGCGAAAAAGUUCCACUCGACGCAGGAAGAACGUGUGCGAGGGAUAGCAGACCGGGUGGAAUCCAACGCUGGUGAGAUUGACAAGCUGUCAAAAACCCUUCAAAGUGUCGACGAUCGCUGUAGUAAGCUGGAAGAAUACACGCUUCAAAUCUUAGAUGUGGUGGGCCAUUUACAGCUAUCGAUCCCAGUCUCCAUAUCCGAGUGYGAAGGGAUGUCACGUGACUGUGAUGAGCAAGAGAUGUCCAUGGGGCAAUAUCAUGAAGGGAACUGGAGCGAUAGGUACACUAUUCAGAAUGAAAGUACAGCCCCUGCUCUUAAUCGCAUGAUCAGUAUGCCCGCCUAUAUGCACCAGAAGAUCCAUUCAACWGGCCMAAGUGGUCCAUUGUACUUUAGAAAUAAACUCCCAUUAACGAACCCCUAUCAGUAYCGGCAGCAGUUCAAUAGUGGUGCCCAUGCAGCAAAAACGAGUCUCAAGAAGGCCAUUUCAAGAUUUCGAAGGAACACAUUACCGAGAGAUCUGCCAGAACGUCGAAACAAACGAUCCACAAGUAACCCUCAAAAUGAUGAUAACGAAGAUGGAGCUUCAUURUCUUCGAGUGUCAAAUCUAAUCAACGUCUAAGAAAAGCUGAUAGUACUGCAGGCAAAGAAUGCAUUGGAGUUCCUCAAGUAAAUACUCGGCCAAGGUCAAGUUCAAUGCCAUCGUGCUAUCGGGACCCUAAUGAAUAUUUUAAUAUAUCACGUGAUCAGACACUCCAUAUUAGGGCAAGGCAGUCGCCAUAUCCACACUGUGAUAUUCAUCGUUACCCAGUACCAGACUUCCUCGUAGACUGGCAGAUGCCUUUUCCUGGAUAUUUCCCAGUCAAUCAUUCAGACACAUCGAUAACUACCAAUCCUUCCUGGGCAGAUGUAGAUAUUUCAGACCCUGAGCACCAAGAUGUGCACCUUCGUUUCAAUUCUGUUGAUAAUGACGUUGACAGACGUAGUCACAUUGGGUUUUAUGACUUAUUUGACGGSCUACCAAGAAAYCCAAUGGGAAGAACUGGCCUUGGAGGUCGAGGACUACUUGGRAGAUGGGGACCUAACCACGCAGCUGAUCCCAUCGUUACGCGGUGGAUGAAAAACGRCAGUGGAGAACAUGUCAGACGCACUGGUAAACGGGUGUUGGAAUUCGUUGCGGUUCAGCGACGGGACUGUAAGCAGUGGGCAAUACCAGGGGGGAUGAUAGACGUAGGAGAAACAGUAAGUCAAACACUCAAGAGAGAAUUCUGCGAGGAGGCAUUGUGCUCAUUAGAACAAAGUGAACAAGAAAUAAAAGAAAAAGCCUUUGAGAUACAGCAAUUCUUUGCAUACGGCAUUGAGAUUUACAAAGGUUAUGUGGACGAUCCYCGCAACACAGACAACGCAUGGAUGGAGACUGUUGCCAUUAAUUUCCACGAUGAGACGGGGAACUUUUUGGGUGAUGUYGAGUUAAAGGAGGGAGAUGAUGCCUGCAAUGUCCGUUGGCAAGAGGUCAGCAGUCAUGCMGAAUUGUAUGCAAAUCAUGCAAUGAUGCUACAACGUGUCGCAGAGUAUCAUGGGGCAUACUUUUAAAGGUCUCUUGCGAACCAGUAUAUUUCACAAUAAAUGAUCAACUGGCUUCAGUGCUAUUCUUGUGUCUACGCGGAUCGGUUGCUGAUUAUUCAACACUAUCAGAAGCAGCAUCGUUGACUGGCACAAUGAACCUGGGACCAAACGAGAUUUUCAUGAUAGAGUUUUUCUCUUUAAUGUUCAACAUUGUAGUGACAUUGCUUUGUCUUUUACACCUGAUGUUUUACGAUUACCCAUUCCUCUCCAACGAUAUAGAUGUAGAGUGAAUGAUUGUUAAGUCUAUGUUUUACCUAAAACUGAAUAAAGUAUUAAAAUGUG